UGCUUACACCAAUCACUGCAUUCUUUUUUCAGAUUAAUAUAUAGCAACAAUACCACUUUCAAGCCCUUAACAGUGUUUCAAAAGGCAUGGGAGGCGUACGCCUGGAGGUGCGCCUCCAGGCGAGGUGCCCCCAAAAUGCCUGGAGGCGCAUGACAAAAGCACCCAUACCAUUGAGGCGUCCGCCUCAUGUACAGAGGCGUGAACAAAGCGUACGUUUCCAGGGAGGCAUACGCUUCUGGCAUCACCUUCGGAAAGAGGCUUACGCCUCCCACGUGUGGCAAUUUAAACAUGCACAAGAUUUAAUUGUUUUACUUUUUUAAAUUUCUAAUUGGUGGGGCCACGAUUAUAUCAUGGCCCCCAAUGUAGGAUCAUGUUUUUAAGUGUAAAAGAGGGGGAAAAUAUCCCUCCUUCGAUUAUUUUCUUAACUCAAACCUUUAGGGCUCGAAAGAGAGGAACUCUGAACUUUGAAGUGUGAAACCUGCAAAGUGCGAAGAACAAGUCUCAACUCAGUUUCAACCUGCAACUUCGAGCAAUCUGGUAUGUGUAUUUUUUUUCUUUUCCUUUCUUCUUUCGCACUUUGCAGCCUGCAACUUCUUUCUUCUUUCUUCUUCUUCACGUCACAUACUCAGUCUCAAAUAUGGUGGUCUUAUUUUUCUUUUAUUCUUUUUAUUUGCAAUUGCAAUCGAAGAGAGGUUGGAGUUGCUGGACCGAUGUUGUGGAAGUAGGAGAGGAUAAUGUGGUUCGAGUAAUCAUAGAUAAUCAUUCAAGUUAUCUGCUUGCUGGAAAAAAGUUGACGGAAAAGAGGACAAAAUUGUAUUGGACUCCUUGUGCUGCACAUUGUAUAGAUUUAAUGUUAGGGUCCAUUGGGAAGAUGAAAGUUUUUAAUGAAACAAUUGAGAAGGCAAACCAUGUCACAAAAUUUAUUUACCGCCAUGGAUAGGUUUUAAACUUGAUGAGGAGUUUCACAAAAAACCAGGAGAUUUUACGUCCAGCAAUUACUCGGUUUGCCAUUGCUUACUUGACAUUGCAAAGCAUUUAUAAACAGAAGCAACCUCUUCAAUCAAUGUUUGCUUGUGAAAAGUGGAAAGGGAGCAAUUGGAGUAAGCAUCCUGAGGGUGUCAAGGUAAAACAAACUAUAAUGUUUGAUGGUAGAUUUUGGCCUCAGGUAGCAUUUUGUGUAAAGACCACUUUGCCAAUUGUUGUAGUGUUGAGAGAAGUUGAUUCUGAAGUAAGACCCUCAAUGCCUUAUUUAUAUGAAAUGAUGGAUUCAGCAAAGGAGCAAAUUGCAUUUGCUUGUGGUGGGAUAAAGAGUAAAUAUAUGCCUAUUUGGAAUAAGAUUGAUGAAAGAUGGACCCCUCAACUUCAUGUCCCUCUUCAUGCAGCAGGUUAUUAUUUAAACCCACAGCUACGCUAUGAGCCAAAUUUUUCGAAUGAUCGUGAAGUAAGAGAGGGAUUAUUUGAAUGUAUGAAAAGGAUGAUUCCUGAUAGGCAUGAGCAUGCCCUAGUAGAUUGCCAGUUGGAUAUGUAUGAUAAAGCACUAGGAGAUUUUGGUUGUGACAUGGCAAUUGAUACGAGGAAGAGGUGAUCUCCUGGUAAAUGGUUUAUUUGUUUGAUAAAGCACUAGGAGAUUUUGGUUGUGACAUGGCAAUUGAUACGAGGAAGAGGUGAUCUCCUGGUAAGUCGUUUAUUUGUUUGAUAAUUAGUAUGCAACUAUGCAUAAUUCUUUUUUUUUGGAUAUUUUAAAGCUUUACUAAUGUCUUGUUAAAUGAUAUCUUUGUAGCUGAUUGGUGGGCAUAGUUUGGAACCCAAACACCAGAGUUAACAAAAUUUGCUAUUCGAGUUUUGAGUCUUACAUGUAGUGCUUCUGGUUAUGAAAGAAACUGGAGCACCUUUGAGCAGGUUAUUAUUUAUUUUCUUAUUUACUUUUUAGGUUUUUAUGUAAUAGUUGUGUUUUGUCAAUGUUAUUAAUAAUAUAUACUUUGUCUUUGUACUAGAUACACACAGAAAAGAGAAACAAAUUGGAGCAACAAAGGUUAAAUGCUUUAGUUUUUGUGAUGUAUUAACAUGAAGUUGAGGGAAAGAAACAUGAAGAGGAGGGCAAGUGCAAGUAUUGAACCCAUUUGGACACAACAUAUGGAGGAGGAUAAUGAAUGGAUUAUUGAAAUUGAGGAUCUAAUUCUUCCAACUAAUCCUUCUUGGGUGGAUAAUCACUCUUUGGGCCUUGAAAUUGCCGUAGUUGAGGUGGUUGAAGAUGCAGAUACAAAUUUAGUAGAGCCAACAACCCCUACCAGCAAAAAAGGAUCAAGUGGAAGAAAGAGGGGCUCAAGUGAUGGUGGCAACAAGACAUUUGAUCAUAGAAAUCAAAAGGGUCAAGCUAUUGAAUCUC